UAAGUGUUUUGUUUUUUGAAAUUUCUAUGAUUGACACAGUACAGACAGAACGUCUAGACUGCAGACCUCGGAAUGGAAUUAUUUGAACUAUACAAAUAUCGCAAAACAAACAUUUCAUACAUUGCAUAGGUCACCUUAUUUGGAUUUUACCGUGAUAACGGUAAAAAUUCAAUAUAAGCACAAUGGCAAGACCUAAAGACGACCACAUCCGAUCAGUCAGAACUUAAUUCAACAACCUAAUCCAAUUCUUCGGUUUGGUACCUACCGCCAACGUUAAAUCAUUUUAAUUAUUCACUCGAACCAGAUUAAAUCUACUUUUUUUUAAAUAAAAAAAACAAACAAGUAGAUAAAAAUGAAACUUUUUUGUGUUUUAAUGCCAUUUGCCUUUGUUAAUGUUUUGGCAUUAACCGAAACGGACUAUAAGAAGCAAGUAUACAUUUCAAACUACUUCUUCGAAUCAAUACAACGAUAUGGAACUAAUGUGGACGAAUCGGUCAGAACUUUAAUACGUUCGAACAUUUCAAUUACGUCGUUGGCUUUGAUGUUGGCCGCGCCAGAAAACGCAGACACUGACGAGGACGAUUUGCAACAAUUGAUAGACGACGAGAAAAAAAUACAGAAUAGAAUAAGAUAUGACCACGAAGUAGUAGAUUGCAAUGUCUCGGGCAUAAAUUUCAAUAACAAGUCUUUGACGUCUAUGGGCUGGACCAGAAGAAGUAUAACUAAGCCGUCUUUAAAACGUUUACUUGUGGGAGUAGAACGUGGAUACCAAACUCAGUUCGACACACAGCAAACGUGUCGUUUAAUAGCGUUGUUGGUGAUUGCAAAAGAUCCAAUAAAACGCAUAACUUUUACCAUUGCCAUUGCAGUCGACGGGUACCGCGAUUGUCAUCUUACUGACAAUUUUUCUGUUGAGGAAAUUUACAGAAAGUUCAGCGACGGAUUCUGGAAAGUGUUAAAGUCUAAUCAUAAUGUGAAAAUUUACAAACUCACCUAACCUACAUAAUUAUUGUAGAAAUGUGUUUGUUAUAAAACGACAUUGCAAUAUAAUGUGCAAACGUGCAAACUACCAUACAAAUAUUAGUUUAGAUGUCACUGCAUCAAUUGAUUUUCAAUACGCAUCUAAUGUACUUGAUAUAUUUUUACUGUUUU